GAGGGCCCAGAGCGCCCCACUGAUGCACCUGCGCGGGUGAGCAGCACCGGGCGCUCUCGUGAGUGUGACGAGCACCCAUGAAGCGUCCCGAUGGGCCUUGAGCCCGUGUGCCUUUCACCCUGGAUCCCCUGCCCCCCACACUCCUCUCCCCACUGCUUCCCUCCGCCCAACCCCAGCUCCCUGCCCGUGCCCCAGCCUCCCACCCAAGGUGCACCUGGGACUCAGGAUAGAGGUGCCACCCUGCCCAGGGCUGGAGAUGCUCAGGCUGUGGCCGCCCUGGCUCAGGGGGCUGGCGUUUCCUUUGUCCCCAAGCCUGUCCUUCUACUUGAACGCUGUCCUGCAGUUGACAGGGGGCUUCCGUGGACACUGCUUCUCUCUUCCAACAGACCUUCAUUAUGUCCUGCCGUCCAGGCGCUGGGGGUGACAAACACCUCUUCCACGGCACUUAUGUUCAAAACCAUGCCUUGACCUUCACCAGUAGUCCUAUGACAUGGUCAAGGCUGGUUUAAUUGUUCCCAUUGUACAGAUGAGGAAACUGAGGCUCAGAAAGGUGAAAUGACUUGCUUGGCGCUGGUGGCCAUUAAGUGGCAGCCAGGGCCCAGGGCCCAGCCUGUGAUUUCCAAGUGGGUUCUCUCUCCAGCGUUUCUCCCCCUCCUCCAUCUUCUCUUGUUUUUCUCCUUUUUGAGUAUUUUUAUCCUUUUUAUUCUUUUAAAAAAAAGGGGUAGGGGUAUCAAAUGGAAACAUCGUCAUCAUAGAAUGUUUUGGAAAUCACAGCAAAGCACAAAGACAAGAAUACAUCACCACCAUCCCACUUCCCAGAAAUAACUCUGAUAUUGGUCUAUAUCUUUCCAUUCUUUGUUCUAAUCACAAACACUGUUUUUAUACCGUUUUAGAACCUCCUUUUUUAAAAAAUAAUAUGUUGUUAGUGUUUUGAUGUACGAUUCAUUUUUUUUUUGAAAUCUAAUUAAUGGCUGCAUGAUAUUCCACUGUAGGGAGAGACUAAAAUGUUUUCAGCCAACGCCUUAGUAGCGCCCAUUUAGAGGAUGUCUGGUUUUAACUCUGAUUGACAAUCCUGUGAAGAACAUCUUUGUACAUGAAUCUUUGUCCACGUUGCUGAUUAUUUCUUUAGAGUAAAUCUCAGGAAUUAGACAUUCUGGGUCAAAGGCUUUUGAAGCAGCCUGCCAAAUUGCCUUCCAGAAAGGUCUUGCCAAUUUAGAGUCUGGCCAGCAGCAUGUGGGAGAACUUUCACUUCUUCCUGUAGGAAGUUGCCCAGCUUUCUUUGAAAUGCCCUGGACAUCCUGGCACCUAAGGGUCUGGCCCCAGUCCUACCGCCCUGCCUCUCGGGUGGGCUGACCCCCCACUCCCCGGACCCUAAAAUUGGCCCCCUGCCCCAUUCCCACUCCCGCCUUCCUUUGCUGACCCAUUGUUCACAGAACAAUCGGAAGGAAAUUGCCUCAGAUCUUUGGAGCCAGGAGGUCAGAGGCAGCAACUCCUCGGGUGUAGUGACUUCGGUGCCUCCCUUGUUUUUCUCGAAUUUUGUUCUUUUGUUGGCUUUCCUGCUCUGCAGGAUAUUCUUGGCACCCUCUCCCUUCCAGCGAGGUGGAGCCCGGCACUGCAGGGAGGAGUGGCAGGUGGGGAGGAGCUGCCACCCAGCUGCCCUGGAGAGUGACUUCCGAUGCCUGGGUCAGGCCGCCUCCCUGGCCCCACCUCACUGAGCCAUGACUUCCCGGGUAGCUGGAGCAGCGGGCUCACGGUCACCCGAACCUCAGGCAGCAGCAGAGAGAACAGUGGAACGAAGAAGAGAGGCUGUGUUCUGGGCACCUGUUGUGUGCCAGACCUGAUGUCUUUAAAGAGGAUGAUGGAGAAGCUUGGGGUCCCCAAGACCCACCUGGAGAUGAAGAAGAUGAUCUCGGAGGUGACGGGCGGGGUCAGCGACACCAUCUCCUACCGAGAUUUUGUGAACAUGAUGCUGGGGAAACGGUCGGCGGUCCUCAAGCUAGUCAUGAUGUUUGAAGGAAAAGCCAACGAGAGCAGCCCCAAGCCAGCUGGCCCCCCUCCAGAGAGAGACAUUGCCAGCUUGCCCUGAGGAACCCCGCCUAGACCUGCCCCGCCCUCCCCACUCCUCUUCCUCUCUCCUGACCUCACUGCCCUUCUUGACUCAUUGUAAUGUGUCUUAUUUGUCUUGUUUGGUUGUUGCGCGUUUGUUUUUUCAUCAGCAGAAUCAGUGAUCUCUUUGUAUAGCACAAAUUAUCUGCCUUAAACGGGCUCUGGUUUGGGGAGUCCAGAUCGCCUCCUUCACUUUUUCCCUGCAUCUCCCCUCCCUGUGCAGAAGGGCUGACAUUAAACCAAAAACUGGAGGGAGCCAGGGCCAGGACAGGGAGACCAGAAGCCUGUGAUUCCCGCACUUGAAGCUGGCACUGUUCAUCCUUCCAGGUCUCUGAGCAAAGUCCCGGCACCCUGGCCUGGCCCUGGUGAGGACCUCAGCCCCUUUCAGAAGACCCUGGAGUCGGGAUAAGGCUGCAGGGCCUUGUAGGGUUUCCUCGGACAGCUCUGGGGUUCCAGUGCUCUUGCGUGGGCCAGGAUGUGGCCAUGCAGUGUCCCACGUCCCCUAUCAGUCCACACUUUGUCUUAUCCUCAGUGAGGUGACAGAAGGAGAGAAGGAGAGGGGCUUGGCAAUUUGAGCCCUUCAAGAAGGUUCCAGAGGAAUUCUCUAGCCUUGCCUCCUGGCCACACCUUCAUAGGCAGCUCAGAGGAAGGGUGGAACCCCCCUGACCCUUGCUGGGGCUUCAGAGGUAGAGGGGAUCCAGGAGCCUUGGGGGAGGGGAUUCAGCUCAGUCUAGUCCCACCUUUUAGGGAGGAUGUUGAGGGCAAGAGGAUAGGAGGAUGAGGACUUAAAUGCUCUUGGCAAAGAGAGGCAGCCCCACUGUUAAGCCAGGAGCUGAGAAAUAGGUUUGCCUUUCUGAUCCCAAUCUGCUUGAAACCUGACUCUGCUUCCCCAUUUGCCUUACACCUUCCUUACACCAUUCAUUCAUUCUUCAUUUAGUCACUCAGUCAUUCAACAGGUAUUUAUUGACAGCCUAUUAUAAGCUUUAAGUCCCCCCACUUUGUCCUGACAUGUGCCAUGUCCACUGUCUCUCUAAUUCAUCAUUCUGUUUCCAAAUCACUCAAAACCUUGAGCUUGGGGUUCAGAUUGGGGUCAUCUGUGGUUUUUAUUGUGGGCUAGGGUUUUAGAGCCUUGAUCCACCCUGCAGGUUAGCUGGGUCAGGCCUUUCAGUUCACAGGUGAGAAAACUGUGGUGACCCACAGGGAUUAAGUGCCUUGCCCAAGGUCAGGGGUUAACCUGGAGAUGGAAGAUCAGGACUGGAGCCCAAGUGUUCAGAUGUCCUGCCCACGCCUCAUCUCUGCCCUGGGCUGCCUCAGUCAGUGAUGAAAACAAGGGAAGGGGCAGAGAGGGGCAGUCUCCUAGGUCAACCCUUGGGGAAGGCCCUGUGCCAGGAUUCACCCUGCUCAGCACCUCUGAGGCAGCAUCAGCGGGGACCCCCGCCUUGACCCCACCUGUAUUCUGGAGUCCCUUCCCCUGCCUGCUCAGGACUUAGAUGCACUCAUCCACUGAACAUAUUUAUUAAGCAGCUGUUAUGGGCCAAAAGCUAAGAACCCAGUAGUGAAACGGACAGACUCAUGGAAUUUAGAGUCUAGUAGGGAAGUCAGACCCAGGCGAUGAAUGGGAGGAAAGAAGAGGAUGUGAGGUGACUGCACUGCAAUCCUGGAGGACUAACUGGGCCCAAGACUGGGCAAAGGUCUUGGAGAAGCCUUAAGCAAAACCUUAAGUGGAAAGGUCUGGGGGCUGUUGGAGGUUGGAGCCAGUGUGAGCUCCCAGUGCCUCCUUUGACCCAUAAUCUAGGGCCCAAGGAGCUGACUUUACAGCAGCUCGAGAAAGUGGAGCAGGUAGGGGAUGGGGAAAUGGCCAGGCUGGGUUAAUCUGCUGGUCUCGACCAGUUCAGGAACAAGAUUAUUUGGCCAUGACUGACUGAUCUUCAGCCUAAGGAGGUACUUCAAAUGCAUAAGCCUAGUUGAAGUUUAAACCCCAGCAAAACAUUCCUCCCUGUAAAUGUAAAAUCUCACCCCUACUCCCUCCCUUGCCUUUUUUUUUUUCCCCCUGAGAUUCUUAGAUGAGCAACUGCCUGUCUCCACCCCUUCCCACUGCCUUUCCUUUCUGGGACAGGCUGAGACCUUUAAGCAAGGUUAAUGCCUUCCUUAAGUACCCAUCAUAGUGUAUCUGUACCUCAGUCAGACAGGAGGGCAGAACCAACCAUGCUUAUUUCAGCAGAUUCCACACUUUACAAGGGCUCAGGAAACCUCCUUAAGGAAGGAGGGCAAGUGAGUGUGUCCCAGCUUCUAGAAAGGGCAGAAAAGAGUUCUCUCAUUGAAUGGGGAGUGUCCCGGGAAACCCCACCAGUUCCUUCAUCGUUUCUUGGAAUUCAACUCCUGGAGGGAGAGGGUCUCAAGAGUGGUCCCUGGGAAGAGGGGGGUCUGCAUGUCUUUCAGGUUGUGGGUAUUAGCUCUAGGACUCUUAUUUCUCUGGCUAAGGGCUCAGCUUCUUAGAAGUUUAGCUGUUUUCUUUCUGAAAGACCAAAUCUAACUAAUGUAACCAGCAACUUGGGGACUGCCAAGUAUGGCUCUGUCCCUGCCAUUAAAAAGGAAGGAGUGUGUUGGGCAAGUUCAAGUGGAUGCAGUAUGUGUGUGUGUAUGCACGUGAGUGUGUGUGGUACUGGAUAUCAUCUCUACAGACUGGAAAUAAAACAGAC